AUGAGACUCGCUACUCUUCCAAUCGCCCUUGCGGGCAUCCUGUCGGCUUCGCCCUCGUUCGUCGCUGCCAAGGCUCACCAGCACCAUGAGCGUGGCGCCGGCCAUCUGCAUGGCUCUCCUGCGCCCAUCGUGAAGCGAGGAGGCCAGUGCCAGUUUCCCACCGAUGACCCCAACAUGGUCGCCGUCACUCCCGAUGAGAAGAACGGCGGCUGGGCUAUGAGCCCCGAUCAGGAGUGCAAGCCUGGCAGCUACUGCCCCUUCGCUUGCAAGCCCGGUAUGGUUAUGAACCAGUGGGAUCCCGAUUCUACCUACGACUAUCCUGCCUCAAUGAACGGUGGUCUCUUCUGCAAUAAGAAUGGCGAGAUUGAGAAGCCAUUCGAGGGUAAGCCCAACUGUGUUCAGGGAACUGGAGCUGUCGAGGCCGUCAACAAGUGCGGCUCCAAGAUGUCUUGGUGCCAAACCGUUCUGCCCGGUAAUGAGGCCAUGAUCAUUCCUACUCUCGUCACCUCGAGCGCAACUCUGGCUGUUCCCGGAUCUUCAUACUGGUGCUCCACCGCUGCUCACUUCUACAUCAACCCCCCUGGUGUUGGUGAGGAGGGCUGCAUCUGGGGCACUGAGGACGAGCCCAUUGGAAACUGGAGCCCCUACGUCGCCGGUGCCAACACUGAGGCCAGUGGCACUACUUUUGUCAAGCUCGGCUGGAACCCCAUCUGGGAGGACUCGGCCUUGAAGAGCAAGCUCCCUGAUUUCGGUGUCGAGAUCAAGUGCCCUGACGGCGGCUGCAACGGCCUGCCCUGCAAGAUCGACCCCAGCGAUGGUGAGGGCAAGGUUGAAAGCAAUGAGGGAGCCAUUGGUGCCGGCAACUCGGCCUUCUGUGUUGUCACAGUCCCCAAGGGCAGCACUGCCCAGAUUGUUGCCUUCUCUGUCGGUUCCGGCUCCGGAUCUGAUGACUCGGAUUCGGAUGACGGCGAGAUGGGCAUCAAGAAGGUGGAGGAGUCUUCGACGACCGAAAAGGCCAAGCCCUCUACUACCACGACUGUCGCCGAGACCACGACAUCGGAAAAGACCACAUCGACCACUAAGGAGGCUACCUCGACCACCGAGGAGUCGACCACCACUUCUGAGGCCCCAACAACCUCAUCCGAGGAGACUACUUCCACCUCGAUCGAGUCCACCACUACUACUUCCGAGGAGUCCACGACCGAAGAGUCUACCACUUCGACACCUACCACCUCUACGUCCAAGGUCCACAAGUCUACCAAGGCUGUCACCACCACCAAAGUCGUCACCACCAAGAAGGCUGCCCCUACUGUCAAGCCCGGUAUCUUCCACGAGAACGGAACCACCACCUUCACUGGUGCCCAAGUCACCGAGAAGCCCGCUGCUACGGAAGCUGGCUCUGAGGCUGCCCCCACCCAGUCCAAGGAGGGUGAGGCCGGUCGUCAUCAGGGCAAUGCUGCCGUUGCUGGCCUUGUCGUCGCUUUCAUCGCUGCCGCCUGUUUCUUUUAA